AGGAAGCGGAAGCAGGAAUGUUGGAGUGUUUUCAGAAAAGUUUGGAGAAGUUUGACAGUUUAGGAGCUGAGACACGAACUGCGGAGGAACAUGACGGUGUGCACUCGUUUCUGAUGUUUCUGUAGCGUCGUCAGUCUUCUCUGACUGACUCCAAACAGUCACAAAGACAGUCAGACAUGGAGAGUGGGGCUCUGGGAGUGGAAACCAGCCCUUCUGCAGAUCCCAGAGCGCAAUCAGAAGCCAACGUAGCCUGUCUGCGGCGCCGCGCCUGGGCCCAGAGCAGAGACUCUCUCUGGCAGGAAUCAGCAACAGAGACAUGUGGCCCCCAGGAGUCCCAGCAGAACCAGAGCGACACAGAGGCACAGAGACCCUCAGGUGAACCAGGGCGAGUUCCCAACAAGAUAACCAGCUGGCUGAUUGAAUGCAGGACUCCUCUUGGAGCCUCACUUGAUGACCAGAGUGCUUCUCCCAGCAAAGGGGCACCGAGGAACGGCUGCAGCUUCGAAGAUGACCUUUCACUGGGAGCUGAAGCGAACCAUCUUCAGUCCAGUAACAAUAAAACUGAAUCCUGUUUUGGUCUUGUGGCAGAUCAGAAGAGGAGUCAGUUUAAAGAAAGAGGAAGAAGUAUGAACUCCACAGGAUCAGGAAAGAGCAGCACUGUGUCCAGUGUGUCAGAGCUGCUGGACCUGUAUGAGGAGGACCCUGAGGAAAUCCUCUUCAAUCUUGGUUUUGGUCGAGAAGAGCCAGAUCUAGGCUCAAGGGUUCCCUCCAGGUUCUUCAACAGCUCCUCCACAGCGCGAGGCAUCGACGUCAAGGUCUACCUGGGAGCUCAGCUGCAACGUAUGGAACUGGAGAACCCCAACUAUGCUCUGACGAGCCGUUUCCGCCAGAUCGAGGUCUUAACAACAGUCGCCAACGAGUUCUUCCAGCUCUACAGUCAAGUUUCCGGUCAGCCUCUCCAACGCAUCAGCUCCAAGGACCAAGCAGGAGAAGCAGGAGAUGUGGGUGAAAAAGAUUCCCCUCCUCCUCUGAAGAAGACCAACUCGGCGAGGAACAUGGCCAAGCUCCUGAAGAAAACCAUCACCAGGCACAACCUGCACGCUGCCUCCUCUGAGUCAACUGAGUCACAAACACCUGACCAACACACGCAGCAGAACGGACACACACCCUCUGAUCACACACACACCAACGGCCAUGCCAUCACCGGUCCAGAGCAGGACGGCUGCAGUUCUGACCCCGACCACCAGGCGGACGCAGUCAACCAGAAACACAACCGCAAGAAAGAUGGCCGUUCCCUGGCGACGGUUACAGAGGAGACGAACGGGGAAGGAGAGACGGAUGACAGUCCUGAGCAGAGCAGCUCUGGACCAGCAGCCGACGUGAAGCAACAACCAGAGGACGAGAAGAACCUGACCUCGACCCCAGAGAAAGCUCCUCCCACUCUGGCUCCACUCCAGCUGGCCCAGCUUCGCAACGAAAACGCUGACUCUUUUGACAUGGAGGAGAUUCAGAGUAAUGAAGAUGAAGCUGUGCCCUCCAGAUCUUCCAGAGGCAGCGACCUGUUGAGGACGGUCAGUCAGCAGUCUGACAGCAGCGGUUUUGCAGAGGAGCCCUCGGCCGACUCCAACAGCUACCUCAAGGUGCAGGAGAGUAGUGACAGCUGUGACAGUGAGACCACUGUGACGUCGCACCCCUCACAAGAUGUGGCCACGCCCCUCGCACUGGACCACCCAGUCUUCAUCCUUCCAGAUGGAAAAGAGGAAGAGUCGGGGCCUGAUGGUACCGCUGAGGCUGGUGGGAGGAGCAACUCCAGGGAAGAAGACGAGCAUGAUGGGAUAUCAGAGGAGAUUCCUCAGUACUCAGCUCACCAGCUCCCCAGGAAGAGUACAUCAGGGGCCGAGCAGCAGCAGGACAAGAACCAGGAAGAGGAACAAGUGCAGAACGGGGACUUAACUGAAUCUGAACAAAAACGAGAGAGUGUUUCUGUUCCAGAGGAAGAACCACAGCCUGAAUCUGAAAGAAUGCAAGACCAGCCAGCUUCAGAACCACAACACAGUCAGAACCAGACCGAGUUAGCUGCAGACUCAGUACCAUCAACAGAGGGAGUGGGUGCUGAGUCCCAAGAAGAACAGGCUCUCUUGGAUGAUUCUGAUCUAGUUUUCCCUCCUCCUCCUCCUUCUCCGGUUCAGAGCGCUCUGGACCGAGCCAAACUGCAUCAGCUGAGCCGCUCAGGACAAGUCCAGACCCCAGAGAGUGGACGGGGACGAGGUCGGGGAAGAGGAAGGGGCAUCCCCCUUCAGAGGUCCUCCUCCCUGCCCUCCUCUCUUCUCUCACCCUCCAAGAUCGUGUCCUCUGUCAGGAUCCAGUUUGGUCGAGGCCAGGCAUCCUGCACCCAGCCCAGGUACUCCUUCAAAUACACCCAAGAGGAUGGAGAGGACAACGAAGAGGGAAGAGUGGAGGAGGAGGAGGAGAAGGAGAAGGAAGAAGGACAAACAAGCUGUCGGUCCACUCUGAUCAUUAACCCCGCCUCCACGUCAGACUCUAACAUCCAACCAACAAGGCUUCCUACAGAAACCCCUGUCCCCCCUAAACCCAUCCCCCGCUACCUGAUGCGGUCGUCCUUCUCCCUGCAGAGCUCGAGCCCUCCUCCUGAUUGGCCGCCAGGUAGCAACGCUCACUCCUGGAGCACGCAGAGCGUUCCUGAUCUCUUUUCCAGUCGGCAGCAGCAGCAGGGCCAGUUUGAACAGAACUUGGGCUCAAACCAGAACCGGGAAAGUUGGACACCAGGACCAACAGCGUUCCCUAACCCUAACCCUCAUCCUGCUCCUCAGUACUUAAACUCAACCCCCAACCAUAGCGCCAGCUUUAACCCUGGCCCAUACCCCUUCAUUCUGAACCCUCCUCCACAGUACCCCUCCCCUGCCCAUCCAUAUGGUAGCCUUCCUAACCUCCUUCCCCAACACAGCCCGUCCUAUCUCCAUCCUUCUAGUCAUACUGGUCUCCACUCACCAUCCACUCCACCUCUCCCACCACACGCCAGCCUCUCCAACUUGCAUCAUCCGCAAACUCCCACGAUCCAUCACCACGCCAGCAUGGGCAACCUGCAUCCGACCCCGGGAAUGCACCACCAAGGCUACAGUUCCCCCUACGCGCAUCACUCCCCGUACUUUUCAUCUCUGCAUGGCUCUCCGUAUUCCUCAACCUACCUCGGUUACCAUGGGUACAACAUGAAUCCACACCUGGGAUUCCCCCACUCCUUCCCCCAGUUUCCGCCAAUGUCUCCAGAUCACGGCUAUUAUCCGGGGUUGACUCCUCCCACUCCAGGCCUACACCCAGGCCUAGCCUCAAACAUGGGUCACGGCCUCUACCCGGGGAUGGCUGCUCCUGCUCCUGCUACAUCCAGCACUGAGAUGCAGCUGAGGAGAGUUCUGCACGACAUCCGAGGAACGGUUCAGAGUCUGAGCCAGAACCGUGCAGAGACUCCAGAUGUAUUUAUUGAGCACAGAGCGGCUCCAUCCAGCAACCAGUCUUUGUCAGAGUUCCAGCAGAAGAGGCGUAGUCUGAACUUGUUCCGCAGCCAGAUGAUGGACCUGGAGCUGUCAAUCAUCCGGCAGCAGGCUAUGGUGUACAAACACCUGAGUCCUGCUGACAGGAUGGAGGUAGAACAGCUCCAGUCUCUGAGGUCAGCAGUCAGAGAGGAGCUGCAGGAGCUGGAGCAACAGUUGGAAGACAGACUGUUGGAGAUAUCACAACAUGAGGGUCUCCACAGAGACGCCAGUGUGGAGAGUCUGUCCACCGCUUCUGCACUGAGAGCAAUGGAGCCGGUGUCAGACCUCCUCAGAGAGCAGCUCUACCUCCAAUCAGAGCUCAGCUACGACGGUCACACCCCCUCCACCCACCCCUCCACCAGAUCGUCCAGUCCGGGCAGAGGAGACCAUGAGCAAUCACAAGGCGUGUACAAAGCAUCAAUCAGCAUAAACCCCGUCCUUCCUCCUCGACCCAACGCACACGCUGAGGAGGAUGAGGAAGAGGACGAGGAGCAAGAGACUAACAGACUGGGAGAAGGAGGAGGAGGAGAUGGAGGAAGGGGAGAGGAAAGAGAACGAGGGGGAGAAGAGGAGGGAGCAGCAGGAGGACUUGGAGUGGGGAACCUGCAGGAGCUCAUCAGAGAGAUCCGAGAGAGCGUGGCGAAGGAGGUCCGACGGGAGAUAUACAGCGAGCUCCUCGCGACUGUUACUCCACAACGAUCGCCCCUGCCGACCAGGCAUCAGCCACUGUAGUCACUGCAUCAUCCAAGCACCGCCCCCUUUCACCUUCCGCCUUAGUAGUAACCACAGCCUGAGCAGCAACACUGUCUGUGUGCAACACUGUAUAGCUGAGUAACACUGUCUGUGUGGAACACUAUGCGUCUGUAACACUGUAUGUCUGUAACACUGAUGAUGAGAUGAACACAUCACCUACACGUAAGAAAGCCCCGCCCACCUACGCCUGCAGCAGACAGGACGCAGAGCGGUUCAAGGACGUUUACGACAAAGACAUUUGUGUGUUUUCUAUGUGCCGGGAAAGGUUGUCCAAGUGGAACCACUAGCAUUGAUGUGUUGUCUUUUUCUUACAUACUGUUUCCUGUUUUUCAAACUGUUUUGAUCAAAGCAAAGCCUGAAACAACAACAACCACUGCCACCGAUACUACGAGUACUCGUCCAGUACUGCUAACAGAACUCUGUCAGUAACACCACUACUAGUCCCAGUCCUGUGGGUGUCUCCUCGAAGUCUUAGAUCAGCACAUUAGCUGAAGUCCUGAUGAAAACAAUAGUCAUAAUUUAUUAGUUUCAGAUUUCCUGUCUGUGUAGAUUUCUGCCUUCACCUCAAUACAUGAGUUUAGUUCUUGCUACUUACAAAAGCAAGAAGAACAGUUGAAAAAAUCUUUGUCAUGGUGAGAAUUUCAUUUGAAGACAGUCACAUAACAGAGGCUCUCUUUGGAGAUGCUUCUGUUGUUUUCUUUUUAGUUAUAACCUUAAAGAUUUAACUUCUGGCUGAUUUGGCGGCGCCUAAAACCGAUCAGUUAUCGCUGAAACACCAAAAGUGACCACGUUUUGUUUGUACAUAUUUAAGAUUAUCAAAAGCUAACCUCACUUAUAAAUACUUUAUGUUUCUUGCAAAGUGCUUCACAAUUAAAUCCAACUUGUGUUUUGCAAGCUACAUGGAUUGAUUGUGGAGCAGCUUAGACCAGAUCUGACAAACCUCUACGAAAGGGAACAGUAGAUAGAUAGCCUUGUAUCAAUGCAAUCAAAAUAUUGAAUGUUAGACUCUGCAUUUGUAAUGAAAACUUCUGUUUAAAGAAGUUCAGAAUUGAAUGGCAAAAUAAGUUCGAUGUCAUAAAAAUCUGAAUAUUUAUGACUUCAAUUGUAGUUUUAGAUACUUUAAUUCUGCGAGUACAGUGUCCUCGUUCUCCUUGGUUGUAUUGGGAUGGAAGCAGAAAUCUCAGAGACAGAAAUUUCCAAACUAUGUCUAUAGAGAGAAACCACUAGGGUUAGUGUAACUUGAGCUGAGUCAUGCUGUUAAUGUCUUAUGAGAGCAACAUAAAGGGGACCAAUAAUAUACUAUAAAUGCCUUCAUUGUAUUUAAAUCUACGCUCUGUUAUUGAGAGGUUCCAUUCUUAUUCUUCAUUAGUGUUCGCUGGGGAUCAAACUGAGCUUUCACCUCUUAGAGUUACUCACUCCAUGCACAUUUCCCCUUAUUGUAAAGGGUUCAAAGCGGCUAUAAGGUAUGCUAAAAAGGGAUUAUGAUCCCACAGCUGUCAACAUUCCUUCAUCAUCAUCAUUGUCAUCCUCAUUGUCAUCAAGCUUCUGUCUCCUCCCAGUUGAAUUUGAACACUUUGAUCUGAAUUGUGUUAAAACCCGUCAGACGGAUGAUUAUGCAGGGACAAACAGAGCUAAAGAAACAGUCAUUUAUUCACAAAGAAUCACAUUAUGUUUAUUUUAUGUUUGAACUAUGCUAACAGUUUCCACCUGCGUCCAGUCUUUGUGCUAAGCUAGGAUAAUCACAUCUCCAAUGUCAGUUCUUCACAAAUUGUCAGACUGUCCCUUUAACACUCACAGUCUUUUGCCCUGGUUGUCACUGAGCAGGUAAUAAGGUCAGUGUGUGAUGUCAUGGGGUACUGGUGAUGUCAGGCUUAAAGGUCAAAGGUUACACAGUAAGUCGUCUUGGCGAUGGUGAUGAUAAUGUUGAUGAUGUAAUGACUUGUGUGGGAGGAGCUUAGUGAGCAGGAGGGUUAGCAGGCAGUGGAGCUCAAGUCUUAGCUUACACUGUCUGUGUGCAAUAAUAUGAAAGUUUAUGCUGAUUACUGGGACUAUUGUUAACAUAUUAAACCACUUCUUACAUUUCAGAUGGGAUCAGUCUUCCUGACACUUAUGCACAAACUAUCUGUAUGUUUGAUAAAGCAUUACUCUGAAGCUCGCUGAUUUCACUAAGACAAACCUUUUGUACUCAAAAUCUACCCAACCGAUGGAUAACUGAUGUCUUGAUUAGUAAUUACCAAUGAUUGCAUAGAAAGAUGCAUGUCCUAUGUUGUCCUACUUUUGGGGGAGAUGUCAGGUCGUCCAUUUUUUAUACAGUCUUGGCAAUUCACCCAUCCCUCAUCAACUGUUUUAUGCAUUAAAAGUUGUGUUUAGAUGUUCACACAUUUAAAUGUACAAAGUAAAUUCAAGACAGAAAAUCUUUAGGAUAACUAGGGAGAAGCUGAGAUGAAACAAGCACCCAACUAAACUGAAUGUGAUUGGCUGAGAGACCUGUCAAUCAAUAUGAACAUGUGCCUAAUGGAAUACCUCUUUUUUUUGUCUUUGUCAUGGAUUUUGUAAAUUCCCACACAGAUGCACAUGAAUUUAAAGUUUGCUGCAGAAAGCUUAACUUUAGGAAAAUAAUUUGUGUUUUGUGGAUGUUCAGUCAUCUUUUGGGAACAAUUUACAGUAAAGGGAAUCUAAGCUUGAAGGGUCGUUUACUAAUAAUUUUGAGCGUUCAUAUAAAGAUCAAGCUCUUUGGAAGGAGCUUGAAUUUCUAUUCAUCCAAGUGCUCUAAAUGAUUACAGUUUGACCCUGUUAAGCUUUGAUUCUCUCUUCUGUACUCUUGAUGUUUGUAGAAACUUAGAUUAUUGUUUUUGAUCACAAACUCUGCUCUGCUGGACCAACACUCAAUGUGCCUUUUUUCCUUUUUCUUUUUUACAAUUUUUAACUGAUCAUGAAUCCCUGACAAACUCCUAAUUUCCCAUCACUGCCUGUCUGUUGAUGUCUAUUAAUUUCUAUCCAUGUGACUAUUAAUGAUAUGUGUAUUUUGUAUUGAUGUCUUGUCAGUGGGAUGAAGGGGAGGGAUCACUCUGUAGAGAGAGUAAUAAAGAUGUAUUUAUUUUCAGUA